ACUUUUAAUAGCUUUGUCAUGUGAUUGAAAGCAGUUGUAAGAUAGGUGCCCUCAGUUUUUUUCUCAGUAAGGGGCAGUUGCCUAGACGAGAUCGAGUGGAGCGCGAGUGGAUUUCUUUUUGCCUGAUUUCUUUUUUGUUUCUUUCGGACUGUCAUUCAGUGCCUGGAUGGCGUGGGACAGGUGUAACCAAGACUCGGUCUGGAGAGAAUUAGAGUGUGCUGCUUUGGUUGGUGAAGACCAACCCCUCUGCCCAGACCUCCCCGAACUCGACCUCUCAGAGCUUGAUGUCAGCGACCUGGAUGCCGAUAGCUUCCUGGGCGGGCUCAAGUGGUACAGUGACCAAUCAGAGAUCAUUUCCAGUCAAUAUGGCAAUGAGGCUUCUAACUUGUUUGAGAAGAUAGAUGAGGAAAAUGAGGCCAAUUUGCUGGCAGUGCUUACAGAAACCCUGGACAGCAUCCCAGUGGACGAGGACGGAUUGCCUUCGUUCGAGGCCCUGGCAGAUGGGGACGUGACCAAUGCCAGUGACCAGAGCUGUCCCUCUACCCCCGACGGCUCGCCGCGCACCCCCGAACCAGAGGAACCCUCCCUGCUGAAGAAGCUUCUUCUGGCGCCCGCGAACUCCCAGCUCAGCUAUAAUCAGUACAUAGGUGACAAGGCACAAAACCAUGCAGCCAGCAACCACCGAAUCAGACCACCACCUGCUGUUGUCAAGACGGAGAACUCCUGGAACAGCAAGCCGAGGGGGGGCUGUCCGCAGCAGAGCCGUCUAGUGAGGCGCCCGUGCACCGAGCUGCUCAAGUACUUGACCGCCACCGACGACAUCCUCCUCCAGACCAAAGCCAGCGAAGCCAAGAGCGCCUGGGGGGGCGGCGGCAAAGACAAGGGCGGCCUGCUGGGCGCCUCGUCCUCCUCCUCCUCACCGUCCUCCACCACUUCCUUCUCCUCCCUCUCCUCCUCCUCCUCGAUCGCCUCCAAGAAGAAGUCGUCCUCGUCGUCUGUCGUGUCACAGCAGCAGCAGCAGCAGCAGCCACAUCACCAGCGAGGUGAGAGCCGGGCUGCUGGCGAGUGUAGUGUGGCUGGUGUGGGGGCUGGGAAGUGGCGUCGCUGCGCUCAUGGGGCUGGCACUGAGGGACAGUCCGAACCCGCGGCGGCACCCGCUCCUGUCCCCCAGGCACGUAGGAACGACAGCGUCCAUGCCUGCCCCAAACUGGAGCGCAGGCCGUCCAGUGAAGAAGGAAGGCCGCCAGGUCCGCAGCCUGCGGUGGAGGCGGGCCGCCUGGCAGCCGCUAGGUUCAUUAGGUACAUGCAUUCUUAUUCUCUCCCUCCUAGAGAGACGGGUCAGACAGGCAGCUGUGGGCGUUGCCGUAAGGCGGGCGCUGCCACUCAGGCAAUUGAGUGCUGGGGCAGGCAUGACCGUGGUGCGGCGGCGACUAGGCACAUCGUAGUGACCGUUAAGAAAAGAGAGGAGGAGUCAGGGCAUCCGUUGCUUAGCCAGCUGCUGACCUCCAAGCAGAGGCCCGCCCGCUAUCAGGCCCACUUUCUCCCGCCCACUACUACCCCUCAGCCUUGCAAGAGCAGUUCUUCAAGAAUGAGCUCUGGAAUCCUGGAGAGGGAUGAGUGUCCCAGCCAGGCUAUUGAGGUGGAGGAGAAGGAGCACAGAGGGACUGUCAAUAUCAAUCCCGGCAGAUGGGGUCUCAGACAGGCCAAGGAGCCUGAUUCGGACCCCCUGUUGGCCGAGAGCUUAGGCCUAGGCAGCUGGGUUAGCCAGCCAGACCAGGGGCUAGAUUUGGGGUUGGGGCUGGGCUGGCUGGAGGUUGGCCUGGUGGAGCAGGCUGACUGUUUCGGGGAGGAUGUUCCCGAUGAUGAUGCCAUGGGCAGUCCCAUGGCGAUCUCAUGGGGCCUGCCAAGCCCAUUCUUCCCAGAUUGUAGAAAUCCAGACCCCACUCCCUCCAUGACACAGCAACACCUACACAUGCAGGCAGUCUGCAGGCACCCCGAGGACCAGAGCCUCCCGUUGUUAGCCAAACCAACCACCUUGCCACUUCCUUUGACCCCAGAGUCUCCAAAUGACCACAAGGGAUCACCGUUUGAGAACAAAACCAUUGAACGCACAUUGAGUGUGGAGAUCUCUGGAACCCCAGGUCUGACACCACCUACCACGCCCCCCCACAAAGCCAGUCAAGAGAACCCUUUCAAAGCAUCGUUCAAAACCAAGUUGUCUUCAUGCUCCCCGUCUGCCCUGGCGUGCAAGAGGGCUCGGCUGAGCGAGGCGAAACCCUGCAGGCCCCUAGCCCCAACCUCGGCCCCAGGCAGAAAGGGCCCAGAGCAGACUGAGCUGUACGCCCAGCUAAGCAAAGCGUCCACUGCCCUCCCCACCUCUGUGGUUGCUGCGACGACAGGGGGCUGCAAGGAGGAGCGCUGCUGCGGCAACAACAAGCGCAGUGUCCAGCCUCGCUGCUACGGCGACCACGACUAUUGUCAGUCCACGGCGGCCAGCACAAAACAGGACCCUGCCGCCGGCGCUAACGCUAAUGCGGCUAACGCUACCAUUACCAUGACGACUACUAUGACAACCCCUCUGAAGCCCAAUCCGGGUGUGGCGGAGGACAGGCAUGUGGAAUGUAAGGGCUCUUCCUCCUUUUCUUCCUCCUCUUCAUCCUCUACAUCUCCUCCUCCAUCUUCAUCCUCUUUGGCCAAGCAGCUGCAGCAGCAGCAGAGCUCUUCCCCUGUGGGUAAGGAGGCUCGGGGGCAGGACCGGACCCCCAUCACCCAGGACAAACCACACCCACCACAGACCCCAGAAGGGGACCAGCACUCUGCCAGCAGGAAGCAGCCCCUGCGAGACCAGGAUAUCCGGGCGGAGCUCAACAAGCACUUUGGCCGCCCCCAGCAAGCCAUCUAUAGCCAGGGUGAGAAGGGGGAGGAGGUGGUGGUGGAGGAGGGGAGACAGGGAGGAGGGGAGAUGGCCGGAGCCCUGCAGACACCCAAAGAGAGCCCUGCUGGGUACGAGAACUACCGCACACUCCCUAGUUCUGGGUCUGGUUCUACUGGGUACCUGCACCCGGGCCUCUCUCCCUUCCACAAGGAGCUGGAGGGUCAGGGCGUCGAGGGGCACUUCCUCUACCCCUGGGAGGGCACCCCCCUGGACCUGCUUUUCGAGUCCUGCUCGCCGUCCUGCUCGCUGUCCAGCUGCUCCCCCUCACGGGGCUCCGUCUCGCCCCCCUCCUCCCUCCUCCUCUCCCCCAGACACUUCCACUGGCCCCGCUCGGGCUCCCCCUCCUCCCGCUCUCACUCCCGGUCCCGGUCCCGCAGUUCCUCCUCCCACCACCGGAGGCGCUCCCUCUCCAGCUCACCUGACGGACGCCCCUCCUCCAGGUCUCGCCACAACAUGGACUCCAGCACUUUGCGGUCCAGGACCCACAAAAGCCCUCACUCACAGUCCAGAUCCCCCCUCAGUCGCAGGCCAAGGUACGACAGCUAUGAGGAAUACCAGCACGAGUGUCUGAAGCGGGAGGAGUACCGCCAGGACUACGAGAAGAGGGAGUUUGAGAGGGCUGAGCAGAGGGAGAGGCAAAGGGAAAAAGCAAUACAGGAGGAGAGACGGGUGGUGUACGUGGGGAGACUGAGGUCCGACAGCACGCGGACCGAGCUGAAGCGGCGCUUUGAAGUCUUCGGCGAGAUCGAAGAGUGUGCCGUGAACCUGAGAGAUGACGGGGACAAUUUUGGCUUCAUCACCUACCGCUACACUUGUGACGCCUUCGCUGCCCUUGAAAACGGACACACCUUACGCCGGUCAAACGAGCCCCAGUUCGAGCUGUGCUUCGGUGGACAAAAGCAGUUCUGCAAAUCGAAUUAUACAGACUUGGAUUCCCAUUCUGAUGACUUUGAUCCAGCCUCCACUAAAAGCAAGUACGACUCCAUGGAUUUCGACAGCUUGCUGAAAGAGGCCCAGCGCAGCCUGAGAAGCUUCUGAAGAAGCUGGGAAGAGACAGUACCAGGAGAGCCAGUGAAUCCUCAUAGCCUGUGUACAGAUGUGUGUGCUGUACUGUUGUACAACGGUCAGUGAAAGACAAAGACGUUGAUGAGAUUUUUUUCUCCAAGCACUACAAACACCCAACAAAUGCUUUGAGUGGUGAAAAUGUGCAGGUUGUUCAGGCUUUUUUUUUUCCUUUUUUUUGUGCCUGAUUUUCUUUUCUUUUUUAAAAAUCUGGUGUUUGGAUGUGGUGUUACACUAUUAACGAGAGAUAACAAUGCUGUCUACAUUUUCGGACAAAAAUGUAGCCCUGUAUUUACAGAUAUGAUCAAAAUAUGUUGUAUUUUUUUGUGUACAUAUCAGACAAAGUUCUUUAUUUGUUACAGCUAUGCACUGUAAAAUGCAGCCUUUUGAUGAAGAAAUUUUCUUAAUUAAGAAUGUCGAUCUGUAGUUAUUACAAUGAUGUAAAACAUAUUGUACACCUACAUGAAGUUUCGAAGACAUGACAUGAUUGUAAAAAUGUGUUGGAGGCUCAUUUCGAGGGUGCAUGUCAACAAAUCUCCUUUUUUGACAUUUAUUUUGUUGGGAAAAAAAGUUUGACAUUUAUAGUUUUAUGUUUAAAGUUUCUCAGUGUUUUUCCUUAUACAACUAGUCUAAAAUGCAUUUUUAACGUGUUUUUUCAUGAUUGUAAAAAAAACAAACCCCAUUUUUUAUGAAUUAUUACUGAAACAAUCAGUAUGUAUCAACUUAUUUUGAUUUCAAUGAUUUUUAUGGUUCUUGUUUUGAUAAUUUUACCCUCUUUGAGGAAAGACUACUACUAUGUUUAAUCUGUUCAAACAGGAUAAACCAUGCAUAUUUAUCUAUUUAUUUUAAUAUUUGAAUCAAAAAUAUUUAUGGUUCCCAUGUCACAUAGUGUACCUCACACAUUUUAGCUAUUUAUAUUGUUGUUAGAUUUUUGUUAUUUCAUUUACAAUCAGAGGUAAGAUGUACAAUAAAUAACAUUUUUGUGAGAAUAUUUAUUUCUAUGCCUUUCAGAAACAAUCAAAAUAUUCUUAAUAAUCUCCUCGACAGUGGGAUGAGAUAUGCUGCUCAUUGUCCAAGUGAUUUCUGUCUCCACAACAGUGGUUUGCAGCCAUGACAAAAUGUCUACCACGUUAUUUUCCUUUAUACACAGUAGAACAUGAAGCAAUAAAAUGAUUUUGCAGGUAUUUUGUUGUACCACACUGUACAAACCUGAUUUGUUGCUCCACACACGCUUGAUUAUGUGAAUGCCAAACAAAAGUUUACAAUUUUCUUUCUGGAAUUUUUUUUAAAUCUUGUAUUUGAUGUUCAAAAUAUAUAUAUACAUGCUGAUAAUAUUGACAUUAUUCACAGUAAUUACAAAAAUAAUUAAUAAUAAUAUAAAUGAAAGAAAAAGUAUUUAAAAAAAGCAAUAAAUUAUUUUUCAAAGUUGUACUUUAGCUUAUAUUGUUGUGUGGUUUUAGAUCCGACCCAUUACCCAAUCGCUGGCUACAUACGGGGAUUCCAUUCCAUUCUUAGCAUGGUCACAUGACUCUUAUCACCCAACAGAGAACACUUACAGUAUGUUCUAGUCAGUCAACACUCAUGUUUGCCCAUUUAGUGUGAGUUUGGGUCUGUGUGUUUCUAUAGAAUCUUGUGGCAACUGUACAAAUGUAAACUAAUACAACGGAAAACACAGUGUUAAAACUGUAGUGUUCAGCAACAAGCAUACUAGCACCAAAACAUUUGUCUGUGUAGCGCAUGGCUAUUAAAUGACAGCCGAUAAAGCACAAACUACUUCGGCUAUCAGGCUCUCCUGUCUGAAUGGCAGUACUUGAAUGACAUCCUAUAAAGCCUAGAGAAACUACUCAAUACUGCAUGCUACUGCACCAUUUUCCAUUAGGCGAUGCUGCCACACAGUCCAGAUAUCACAGCACCUUCGACGUGACAUUAAAGGUAACCUUGUGCUUUCUGGUUUAAUUAAUAUCCUGUUUAUAGUGAGAGCCAAGUAACGAGAAAAAACCUGCUCCAUCACAAGACAUAGAAGGUUUUCGUAUGAAAGCUUCACUGAUCACAGGCCACCUUUCAUUAAGAUUGACUGUGUAGAUGAAAACUAGCUAAUUCUCCUGAUGCAAAGAGGCAAAAAUCAGUGGGGGGGAAAUCUUCCCCCUUCACCUGUAUUUCAACAUGUUUUUUUUUAUUUUCUGUACAGCGCAUGGGUAAUGGCGUCGCGUCCCAUUUGAUAGAUGUGGCUUUAAUCAUUGUAAUAAA